GAACGCUGUGAGUUGGGGAAUUCUGUUCCCGAUUGGAGCCAUGAUAGCUAGAUACAUGAGGAUAUUUGAAUCAGCAGAUCCUGCUUGGUUUUACCUCCACGUGUCAUGUCAGUUCUCGGCGUACGUCAUUGGUGUAGCCGGAUGGGCCACCGGACUUAAGCUAGGUUCCGAAUCCAAAGGUAUUCAGUACAACAGUCACCGAAACAUAGGCAUCGCUCUCUUCUCUAUUGCCACUCUUCAGAUGUUUGCGAUGCUGUUGCGGCCAAGGAAGGACCACAAGUUUAGAUUCGUUUGGAAUAUUUACCACCACGGAGUUGGAUACUCUAUCCUCAUCCUUGGAAUCAUCAAUGUUUUCAAAGGUCUUAGCAUCUUAAACCCAAAGCAUACUUACAAGACGGCUUACAUUGCUGUGAUUGCGACCUUAGGAGGCAUUACUUUACUCUUGGAAGCUGUUACUUGGGUCAUUGUCCUCAAGAGAAAAUCUGCUAAUUCUACUAAGCAUCCUAAGCCUUAACCCGUGUUGGCACUUGGUAUAGUUCAAAGAGUUUGUAUUGUUUUAUUUAUUUUCAUUUGAGUUAGAAACUACAUUAUAUCUUUCUCCACAAAUCAUGAUUCAUCCCUAGACAUUGCUUGUUUUGAUGAUGAUGACUACUGCUUUUGAGGUUUAUGUAUAGUAGGAGAAAAGAAACAUAUAUAUGUAUUAGACUAUUAGUGUUUGUGUUUUUUUUUA